AUGCCGUUCAAGCAUGGCGAGCUCGCGGUACAGGAGCUCAGCUCUGCGCGACACCAAGCCCGCGAUGCUGCGGACCUGGCAAGGCAUGGUAAGAAGCAGCGCUUCGAGAGAAACUUCGGGUUCUUGUCGAUGCUAGGAUUUACCACAACGAUGAUGUGUACCUGGGAGGCCGUGCUUUUCGCGAACCCUACCGCAAUGCUCGACGGAGGCCCGGCGACCCUCGUCUAUGGGUACCUCUUCUGUUGGUUUGGAGCUCUAGUGACCGCCAUGUCCUUGGCGGAAUUGGCCUCAAUGGCGCCGACUUCCUCCGGACAGUAUCACUGGGUCGCAAUGCUUGCUCCUAAGAGUCAUGCCGUGUUCCUCAGCUGGGUGACGGGCUGGGUGGAUAUGAUCGGGUGGUGGGCCAACACAGCGACGGGGGUCUAUUUCGGUGCCACCCUGACUCAGGGCCUCUUGGUGCUGAACUACCCGGGCUACAACUAUCAGCGGUGGCAUGGCACCCUUCUCAUGUUUGCAGAGCUCGGGAUUUGUGUGCUGGUGAACUCGAUCGGUGCACGGCUUCUGCCCAAGGUGGAGGGAUUGAUCCUGAUUAUUCAUACGAUGGGCUUCUUCGCUGUGCUGAUCCCACUAGUCUACUUGGCGCCACAUCAAGAUGCGAGCUUUGUCUUUGGCAGCUUCAUCAACAACUCCGGCUGGAGCAGUGCCGGUCUUACUUGGUUGAUUGGGUUGAUGGGAACAAAUCUGCCCUUUAUCGGCUAUGAUGGUCCAUGCCACAUGGCCGAGGAGGUUGUGAACGCCUCUGUUGUUGUGCCCUGGUGCAUGAUCGGCACCAUUCUCCUCAACGGCAGCCUCGGAUUUGCCAUUGUGUUGGCAUUUCUCUUCUGCAUCGGCGACAUGGAGAAAGCGCUGGACAGUGCUACGGGCUACGAUUUCAUCGAGGUCUUCUUCAACGCGACCCGGUCGCACGCCGGGACCUCGGUCAUGACCGCCAUCCCGACGGCCUUGGUGAUCUGUGCCUCUUUCGGCUUUCUGGCUUCAACCUCGCGUUUGACCUGGGCGUUUGCCCGCGACAAGGGGGUUCCUUUCGCGGACUACUUUUCCCACGUCAGCACCACGAACGCCGUCCCCCUCCGCGCCGUCGGCCUAGCCGCCCUCAUCACCGCGUGCAUCUGCGUGAUCAACGUCGGUUCCAGCGCGGCCUUCAGUGCCUUCGUCUCCCUCACCACUGCCGGGCUCUUCCUCUCAUACAUGAUUCCCAUCACCCUCCUGGUGAUCCGGCGCGUAAGGCGCCAGCCCAUCCCGUUCGGGCCCUGGACCCUCGGCCGCGGCGGCAUCGUGGUCAAUCUCGCAUCGAUCGCGUUUCUGACUAUCACCAUCUUCUUCUCCUUUUUCCCCUCCGAGUUGCCCGUCACGGCGGUGAAUAUGAAUUGGUCGGUCGUGGUGUUCUUCGGUGAGCUGUUUAUCGGGUUGGCGUGGUAUGUGGUGCGAGGGCGACAUGUUUAUCAUGGGCCGAUUGUUGAGACUGGGGGAGACGAGGACUCGCAUUCGGGGUUGGCUGUCGGUUUGUGAUCGGUUGCAUUGUCUGGUCAAGUGCUGGUUACUUGAUGAUUGUUGGUCACGUUGACUACGAUUGCCUUUAGAUAUAUUGUGAGGACGAGGCCCCAGCCUGCCCGCUC